AUGGAGCAUCCGGACUCAGACGCGCAGGAGAAGCCAACCGAACCGGAGGAGAACCACGACGAGUCCGGAAGGUUCGAAUGGGCGCCGCUCGAGUACGACGCCGCCCUUCAGGCGGAAGGGCUCUUCGGACUCGAGGUUCUGCAGGAUGAAAGCGGCCUUCCACCGAUCAAGAAGGCCAAAACUGUCAAAGAAAAGGCUAAGAAAAAGAAAACGCCAGUAAAGAAGCAGGCAAAAGAGGAAGAGGAGGCAGACACGUCGGAGGAGCUUCCGGACGGCGAAAUAGAGAAAGCAACCCGCGCCUGGAACAGCCUGCUCUUCGACGAUUGGGAGAUACCGAUCCAAGUGCGGCGCAACCUUCAUGCGGCGGGUAUGCUCCUGCCCACGACCAUACAGAAAUUGGUGUUCAAGCCCUCUCUAACCGGCUCUGCAAACAUCGUGGCAUCGGCAAAAACGGGAUCCGGCAAAACACUCGCUUUCUCACUUCCCAUCAUUCUGGCGUUGCUGAAGCACGAGCGAGCAGGUGAGGAACGACCGAUACUCUGCCUGGCCGUUCUCCCCACCAGGGAGCUCGCCCUACAAGUCAAGGACACCAUAGCGAUGUUGCUGAAGGGCACUUCGAUGAGCGUGUUCGCGCUCAUUGGAGGCAUUGCCAUCCAGAAGCAGGAAAGGGUGCUCAAGUACAAGCCUGAAGUCAUCGUCGCCACGCCCGGCAGGCUCUGGGACGCCAUGCAGGAGCUCGACAUGAAAUUCGACCUGAAGUACCUGGUACUGGAUGAAGCAGACAGGCUGGUCAGCGACAAGGCCUUCAAGGAGCUGGGCUCGAUCGUGGCGAAGGUCCGGACCAGCCGCACCCAGAACUUCAUCUGCUCCGCCACAAUGCUGAACAAGAAGAAGGAUCUGAAGGUCAUUUUCAAGAUGCUCCAAAUCAAGAAUCCGACCGUUUGCGUGGCCUCGCACAAGGGGGACGUGGUCAUGCCCUACGAUCAGUUCGCGCAACAGAAGUUUUUCAAAAUAAAGGAGGACGAAGAGACGUGCAACACGACCUUGCCGGAGAACCUCAAGUUCCAGGUUGUCAAGUGCUUGGACAACGAAAAGGAGCUCAAGCUCGUCGCGUAUCUGAUGGAGCACUACUCGAACGUGGAUCACGGCAGGACCAUCAUCUUCGUGAACAGCAUCUCCUAUGCAUACCGGCUGGAGCCCCUCCUCAGCCUGAUCCUCUGGAGGGACAAGCACGAGCUCAGGAUCGCAAAAUCGCACUGCAUGACCCUGGACAAAGAAUCCAAGGUCAACUACAUCACGAGCUUGCACUCGAGGCUGCGGCAGAAGCAGCGCCUCAAGCGGUUAGAACAGUUCAACAAACAUGACAAGGCCAUUAUGGUGUGCACUGACGUGGCUGCACGGGGCAUCGACCUGCCCAAGGUGGACGGGGUGGUGCACUUCCAGCCGCCGAGGAACGCAAGCCUCUUCAUACACAGGUCGGGGCGCACGGCGCGUCUCUCCGCACAAGGUACGCGUUCCAGCAGCGCGCUAAUGAGUGUGCCAGGCGCUGCAAUAUGCAUCUGCGAGAGCUCGGAGGCCGAGACGUGGGAGAAGCUGUUCAAGGCCGUUAACCGGAGGAUGGAUGACGAGGAGGAGAUCCUGGGCUGCAUUCCGCAGAAGCAAUACCAGCGUUGGUCACCCGCAGAAGUGCCGUCAAAUGUCGCAGGGUACAAGAAGCUGCUAAUGUUGGCGAGCUCCAUAGAGGCGCAGGAGCACCAGGUUGGCGGCGGGAACGGUAUACGAAACAACGUGUUGCAGCUCACGAAGAAGGCCAAAACGGAAUCGUGGCUACACACCUUCGCCAAACAGGCGGAUAUCGUGCUCAGCGAUGAGGAAUCGGACGAGGAAGCCAGGCACAGCCGAUCGACGACGUACAAGCUCCUCAAAGCCGGGAAGAGGAAACUCCUCAGCGUAAGUCCCAAACGCAUCGAAAGCCCAAAAGAAACGCAGUUGCGGUCUAAUAAUGACGGCUAG